AAUCCGUGAAAGGCGUUCCCUGCACAGCUCCACUGCUCGUCUCGUUGAUACGAUUGUUCUGUACUGUCUCCCCUCGUUACUAUCGUUGCAAGUCAAACGUGACGUUUGGAGGGGUCCAGUGCGACAAGAAGCUCGAGGGGCUGUCGGCUGGAGAGGAAUCGUCUCCGAGCUCUCAACAAUUUGUGGAAAGUCAAACAACUCGCGCUGUGGACAUCAUAACAACACUCUCACACUCCGUCCACACUGCACCGUCUUCUAUCCAGAUCAGUACGAACUCCUACAUCACCAUGCCGGGUACCGACACGAUCAUCCACCCGGAUGUCGAGGCCACUGCCGGCACGAUCGAACUGAAGGAUAACACCGUAAUCGUCGUGCUCGGCGCAUCCGGUGAUCUUGCCAAAAAGAAGACCUUCCCAGCACUCUUCGGCCUCUUCAGAAAUGGCUUCCUACCCAAGGAUGUCAAGAUCAUCGGCUACGCCCGGACGAAGAUGGACCACGAGGAGUUUCUCAAGCGGGUAAAGAGCUACAUCAAGACGCCCACAAAGGACAUUGAGCAGCAAUUAGAAAAGUUCUGCAGCUUCUGCACGUACAUUAGCGGACAGUAUGACAAGGACGAGAGCUUCAAGGAGCUGGAGAAGCACAUGCAGGAGCUCGAGCAGGGCCAGAAGGAGACCAACCGGAUCUUCUACAUGGCACUCCCACCAUCAGUCUUCAUUCCCGUUUCGGAACAUCUCAAGAAGUGCAACUACCCCAAGACGGGUAUUGCCCGGGUCAUCAUUGAGAAGCCGUUCGGCAAGGACCUUCAAUCGUCGCGCGAGCUUGACCGUGCGCUACGUCCCAACUGGAAGGAAGAGGAGAUCUUCCGUAUCGACCACUAUCUCGGCAAGGAGAUGGUGAAAAACAUCCUCAUCCUACGGUUCGGUAACGAGUUCUUCGGCGCUACAUGGAACCGCAACCACAUCGACAACGUGCAGAUCACCUUCAAGGAGCCGUUCGGCACGGAGGGUCGUGGUGGCUACUUCGACGAGUUCGGCAUCAUCCGCGAUGUCAUGCAGAACCAUCUCCUGCAAGUUCUCACCCUGCUCGCCAUGGAACGGCCCAUCUCCUUCUCCGCCGAAGACAUUCGUGACGAGAAGGUGCGCGUGUUACGCGGCAUGCCACACAUCGAGCCCAAGAAUGUCAUCAUCGGGCAGUACGAGAAGUCGCUUGACGGUACGAAGCCUGGCUAUAAGGAGGACGACACCGUACCGAAGGAGUCGCGGUGCCCAACCUUCGCGAGUAUGGUGGCAUACAUCAAGAAUGAGCGCUGGGACGGUGUGCCUUUCAUUCUGAAGGCCGGCAAGGCGCUUAACGAGCAGAAGACGGAAGUGCGCAUUCAGUAUAAGGACGUCACGAGCGGUAUCUUCAAGGACAUCCCGAGGAACGAGCUUGUCAUUCGUGUGCAGCCGAACGAGAGUGUGUACAUCAAGAUGAACUCGAAGUUGCCGGGUCUGAGCAUGCAGACGGUGGUCACGGAGUUGGAUCUUACGUAUCGGAGACGCUUCUCCGACUUGAAGAUUCCGGAGGCGUAUGAGAGCUUGAUCUUGGAUGCGCUCAAGGGUGACCACAGCAACUUUGUGAGAGAUGAUGAGCUGGACGCAAGCUGGAGGAUCUUCACGCCGCUCUUGCACUACCUUGACGACAACUCUGAGAUUGUUCCCAUGGGCUAUCCUUAUGGCUCUCGCGGUCCCGCUGUCCUCGACGACUUUACCGCCUCGUACGGCUACAAGUUCUCAGAUGCCGCAGGCUACCAAUGGCCGCAGACCUCGACAAACGUACUACAGUCUGAGCAGCCCAACAAGUUGUAGAUGGAUCUCGAGCAGCGCAGAGACCGUGCACCGUGCAGUCUGGAAGCGUUUACGGGUCUCAUCGAGGACUGUGAACUGCCUGCUGUAC